CUCUUCGAGACCAAUCCCACCCCCUCUCAUGGCCACCAACUCACGAUGGCUUCAUCUGUAUUAGUAGUUCGGAAUUGGCGUCGGAUCUUUCUCGGCAUCAAGUCCCUCAAGAGGCUACAGGCCGACGAGUUUGUUAAGUUCCAGCUUGUGAAUCGUCACUUGCCGGCAAUGUGGAUGGCAGCUGAAAGUGGUAAUCUAGAGGACUUUAACAGACUGUUCUUGGCCGAGCCAGAAAGGUUGAAUGUAAGGGACAGCAAAGGGCGUGCGGCGGCCCAUCAAGCUGCGGCCAGGAAUAAAAUUAACAUCCUUCAGUUCAUAGCAAAUCACGGAGGAGAUCUAAAUGUUAAGGACCACCAUGGUAACACACCUCUUCAUAUCGCUGUAGAGCAUGAAUCUCUAGAAGCUAUCGACUUCCUUUUCCAAUUCGGAGUAGACGCCAACGUGCUCAAUGAAAAGAACCAAGCGGUGAUCCACUUGGCGACCGAGCUGAACAAGCCCAAGGUCCUCCUCGCCAUCGCCAGCUACAAGGACAAGAUCGACGUGAACCAGGGCGGCGAGCACGGCAGGACAGCCCUCCACCUUGCUGCUAUCUACGACCACGAUGAAUGCGCUAGGAUACUGAUAACCGACCUCACUGCUUGUCUUCGCAAACCUUGUCACAAUGGCUAUUACCCAAUUCACGAAGCAGCCAAAAACGCAUCCUCGAGAACGAUGGAAGUGUUCUUGCAAUGGGGGGAAGAGCGGGGCUGCAAAAGAGAUGAAAUGAUAUCUUUCUACGACUCUGAAGGCAACGUGCCACUUCAUUCCGCAGUCCACAGUGGAGACUUCAAGGCGGUUGAGCUGUGCCUAAGAUCGGGCGCCAAGAUUUCCACCCAGCAGCACGACCUGUCGACACCUGUCCACCUCGCCUGCGCCCAGGGAGCCCUCGAUAUCGUCAAGCUCAUGUUCGGCCUCCAGCCAGCCGAGAAGCCGAUAUGUCUCAGUUCUUGCGAUGUUCAGAAGAUGACUCCACUUCAUUGUGCUGCCAUGUUCGACAGGGCUGAAAUCGUCCAAUAUCUUAUCGGAGAGGGCGCUGAUAUAAACGCCUUGGACAAGGAGAAGCGUUCCCCUUUGUUACUAGCUGGAUCUCGCGGAGGUUGGCGCACGGUGCUCACCCUCAUAGGUCUCAAGGCUAACAUACAGCUCAAAGACUCCAACGACAGGAAUGUAUUGCACCUCGUUGUCAUGAAUGGAGGCCGAUUAGAUGAGUUUGCAGAAGCUGUAAUCAAGGCGCAGUCGAAGGAGAGGCUGCAGGAACUGCUCAACGAAAAGGACAGGUUCGGGUGCUCGCCGCUACACCACGCCAGCCGCGAAGGACAUAUCAAGAGUCUUGAAAACCUCAUCAAGCUCGGAGCUGUCAUCAACUUGAAGAAUAACCACAAUGAAAGCCCGCUCCAUUUCGCAGCCAGAUAUGGCCGCUAUAACACAGUUAAACAACUUUUGGAUUCUGAGAAAGGGUCCUUUAUUAUCAAUGAAACAGAUGGGGAAGGCCUAACUCCUCUCCACAUUGCUUCUCAACAGGGUCAUACAAGGGUAGUUUCUUUACUGCUUAAUAGAGGUGCUCUUCUUCACCGUGAUCACAAUGGUAGAAAUCCACUUCAUUUAGCUGCAAUGAGCGGAUAUACACAAACCAUGGAGCUUUUACAUUCAGUUCAUUCCCAUUUAUUGGACCAAGUAGAUAAAGAUGGAAACACAGCUCUUCAUCUUGCGACCAUGGAAAACAAACCUAAUUCGAUUGCUUUACUGUUAUCCAUGAAUUGUAAGCUAUUGUAUAAUACCAUCGACCUCAGCGCUAUUGAUUAUGCCAUAUAUUACAAAUUUCCUGAAGCUGCACUUGCGAUGGUCACACAUGAUACCAGAGGACAAGAAGUAAUGAGUUUAAGAUCUGACAAACAUCCUUGUGUCACUUUGGCCCUCAUUGCAGCCAUGCCCCGUGUGUUCGAAUCGGUUCAAGACAAAUGCAUCACAAAAGCCAACUGUAAAAAAGAUUCAAAAUCAUUUUAUAUAAAAUACAGUUUCCAAAACUACCAACGUUCUGCUAAGGAAAAUGCUGUCAUAAGGAAAUUUCAACCCUCUUGGAAACCUCAGCCACUCAUGGUAGUAAAUGCAAUGGUUCAACAUGGAAGAGUGGAAUUACUUGCACAUCCUCUCUCUCAAAAAUAUCUUCAAAUGAAGUGGAAUUCGUAUGGCAAAUACUUUCAUAUGUUCCACCUCCUCUUUUAUCUUAUUUUUCUUGUAUUUGUGACCAUGUAUUCCUCACAUAUAUUAAGCGUAGCACACUGCUUUCCUGAAAACACUACAAAAAAUGAAAACACUACAGUUUUAUUGAUGACUGAUCUGAAAUGCAUUGAAAAGAAAGCAUCAAACUUGGAAUACUUUUCUUCAUCUGCUAUACUUUUAUAUGUGGCUGUAAAUGCACUUCGAGAGGUUCACCAGUUACUUCAGCAGAGAUGGCAGUACCUGAUGGAUCCAACAAAUUUAGCAUCUUGGCUGUUGUAUCUCUCUGCAACACUGAUGGUGUUACCAUUAUCAACUGAGCAGAUACAAGUACCCUGUGCUGCAAUUACUGUAUUUCUUUCUUGGUUUACUCUUUUAUUAAAUUUGCAAAGGUUUGAUCUUGUAGGAAUAUAUGUUGUGAUGUUUCUUGAAAUCCUACAGACUUUGAUCAAGGUGCUCAUAGUAUUCUCUAUUUUGAUCAUUGCAUUUGGUUUAGCAUUCUUCAUCUUAUUGUCAAGGGGUAAACACGUUUCAUUCAGCACCAUUCCAAUGUCUUUGAUGAGAACAUUUUCAAUGAUGCUUGGUGAAAUAGAUUUCCUUGGAACUUACGUUCAUCCUCUUGAUGAUGAAAACGAGGAUGGUCCAACUUUGCCCUUUCCCUUUACAGCAUUUAUUAUACUUGGCCUCUUUAUGGUACUAAUGCCCAUUCUUUUGAUGAACCUUCUUAUUGGUCUUGCGGUUGGUGAUAUCGAGUCUGUCAGAAGAAAUGCUCAGCUAAAAAGACUAGCAAUGCAGGUGGUACUGCAUACUGAGUUAGAAAGGAAACUUCCUCAAGUUCUUCUUGAAAGAAUCGAUAAGAUGGAACUUAUUGAAUAUCCUAAUGAUAAAUGCAAGACCGGAUUCUUAGAUCAUCUGCUUCGAAUGUGGUUUUUUAAUCCAUUUUCAGAAGAUGGUUUAGAAAUGGUUUUGGAAAAUAAUGAGGAUUUGGUGACAGAAGAGAUAACUAAGAUGAAAAGAAAACUUAAAGACAUAACAAAGAUACUUGACUCACAGGGACAACUUCUGAAACUCAUUGUUCAGAAAAUGGAAAUCAAGACAGAAGCUGAUGAAGUUGACGAAGGCGUAUCUCCCCGUGAACUUGAAUCUGGUCCUGGUGGUGGUUCCAAAUGGACAUCACCGAGGGUCAGGAACAAACUUCGGACUGCACUGAGCUUCUCAAAAGCACACCCUAUUAAGUAGUUUGCACAAGAAAUGGGCAGAGAUAUUCAUCUCAUUCCAUAACCUUUAUGAUCACUUUUGAAAGUGUACGUUUUUAAAGGAAAUAAUUUUAAUAAAUAAAUUACUACGGAGUAAUUUUAAAUGUUUUUACAAAUAUAUGAAUUUAGUUUGCUGCACACUUUUAAAGCAAAUGAAAAACAUAUUUUUGUAGUAGAAGAGUUUGUGAUUUUCAAUAUAUAUACUUCCAUUAAAAUGACUAAUUUCAUUUGGAAAGAGAAUAUACAAUUUUGUAAAGAGAUUUUAUAUUUGCAGUGAUGUUAAUUCAUAAGAAUUAAAUAAUAUUUUCAUAGCAAUGAAAUGAAUGAAAAUAUGAGAAAAAUAACUUUCAUAUCUAAAGUCAUAUUUAAACCGUCUUAUAAUCAAAGAAUUUAAUGGUGAACUAAAUGUAUAAUUAUUAUAAUUUUUUUUAAUGUUACUAUGAAUGAUUGUUUAAAUAAAGGUUUUAAUUUAGUGAGUUUAUGAACUUUUUUUUGUUGAU